AUGAGGCUCCUGGCCUGCUGCUACAAUGAUCCGGAGAUGCAGAUCGAUCCAGACACCGUCUACCCCAUCCGCCCCGACUGCCGCGACGACGCCCCCAAGACGCGCUUCAAGCCCCGGCCUGGCCUGACCCUCAGUCCAAGGAGAUGGAAGCUUCUCCACAAUGAGGAAGGUGUUCUGGACAUAGCUGGAAUGAUCAAAAGAGUGCAACAUGGGGGAGUCCACCCAACAAUCAAAGGAGAAGUUUGGGAAUUUUUGCUGGGCUGCUAUGACCCUAAAAGCACUACUGAACAGCGCAACCAAUUGCGACAGCAGCGAAGGUUAGAGUAUGAGCAACUGAAAUCAAAGUGCCGAGAAAUGGACACAACAGUCGGUAGUGGAAGGGUAAUCACUAUGCCUGUAAUAACAGAAGACGGUCAACCUAUCGAAAAUCCUAACUCCGAUGGAGGGGCAGCAGGUUCUGAACAGCAAAACAAUGGCGCACCACUCCCAAAAGAAGUUAUUGAUUGGAAGCUUACUCUACACCAGAUUGGUCUUGAUGUUAACCGUACUGAUCGUGUACUUGUUUAUUAUGAGAGACAAGAGAAUUUGGCAAGGUUGUGGGACAUUCUUGCAGUGUAUUCAUGGAUUGAUAAAGACAUAGGUUAUUGUCAGGGAAUGAGUGAUCUUUGUUCACCAAUAUCAAUCAUUCUGGAACAUGAAGCAGAUGCUUUUUGGUGCUUUGAGCGUCUAAUGCGCAGGGUGCGAGGAAAUUUCAAAAGUACUUCUACUUCCAUUGGAGUUCGAGCUCAACUGACUACCUUGUCAACCAUAAUGAAAUCUGUUGAUCCAAAGCUGCAUGAACAUUUAGAGAAUCUUGAUGGAGGGGAAUACUUAUUUGCCUUCCGAAUGCUGAUGGUUCUUUUCCGUAGGGAAUUCUCGUUUGUUGAUACGAUGUACCUUUGGGAGCUCAUGUGGUCUAUGGAGUACAAUCCAAAUCUCUUUUCAAUGUUGGAGAGUGGCACUGGCACAUCCAGCGCAAACACAAAGGAUGAAAGUGUUCUAGGACAGUGUGGAAAGUUUGAGCGGAAAACAUUGCAAGCAGCUAAGAAAGAUGACCAGAUCCCUCUAUCUGUCUUUGUUGUUGCUAGUGUUAUAGAGGCUAGAAACAAGAAGUUACUGGGUGAGGCAAAAGGUCUAGACGAUGUUGUCAAGAUUUUAAACGAAAUCACUGGUAGUCUGGAUGCAAAAAAGGCAUGCAGAGGAGCAUUGCAGAUUCAUGAGAAGUACCUUAACACGCUUUCUGUGUUUUGGACAAGUAAAGUAGAAACCAAAGUGAAAUUACAGGGCACCGCGGGCGGGCAGCCGCCUGUGGAACCUGCUAAGAUGAAGGGCCUUCUCAAGGGUCUCCGAUACAUCUCGCAGAUUUUCGAUGCGAAGGAGCCGGAGAUGCAGAUCGGGAAGCCGACGGACGUGAAGCACGUCGCGCACAUCGGCUGGGACAACGCCUCCGUCACCGCGCCCAGCUGGAUGAACGAAUUCAAGGCUUCGCCGGGGACGGCGAAAGGCGGCGAUCCUGAGCCCUCGCAGCCCGGGGGGUCGGGAGGAUGCGUAGAGGAGCAGACCGGAGGAGGAGGAGGAGGAGGAGGAGGAGGAGGAGGAGGAGACGCUGGCGGCAAGGCGGAGCGGCCGCGGCGGACGAGGGGAAACAAGGGGUCGGGUGGCAACGAGCCAGCGAAGCGGCGGGACUGCGCGGCCGAGGGGUCGCGGCGCGACCGGCGGGCUGCGAAGGCGGCGGGCACGGCGGAGGGCGCCGAGGGGGACGCUGCGGCGGCGCCGAAGCAGCGGCGGAGGAAGCCCCGGGCUGCGUCGGGGGGCAGGUCCAAGUCGUCGUCGGGAGGCGCCGCUGCCUCGGACUCGGAGGCGGCGCGGCCGGCGGGGGCGCCACCGGAGGCCGAGGACGAUCGCGACGGCUGCUGA